AUACUGUGCGGAAGUGACAUACGUGCUUUGGCAGUACGUCACACGUUACUAGCCAAACGCGGCGGUGAUGAGAAAUUUGAAAUUUGCGGGCUAGCAAACUAGCUGUCUGCUAGCAUACUAUGUAUAAUAAUCGUGUUUCUUUUUCCUGAAAACCAUGGCGUCGUAUCAUCAUGUAUUGCAACAGACAAACAGGCGGUUUGAAUCUCCUGCCAAGGUGUUUGCUAAGCUUAAGUCCAAAGUAGAGAGAGGGAUAUGCGCGAAGGAGGGGACUUUUACAAGCGACGAGCCGUUGUGUAACUUUAACGUUACCGAGAAACACGGAGCCGUUUUUAAGUCGCCCAAAAAGGGAACAAAGAGCACCUGGAUGGCCGAACAGCAUAAGGAGAAUCAGAGGUAUGGUUCUUAUUGCAAUCAGGCGCAGGCCUUGACUCUCUCUCCCAUAUCGAGUCCUCAGAAAAACGUCGGGUACUUGUAUUCAGACAUUAGUAGCGAUCAUAUGGAGGAAAUGCCUCCUGGGACAAUAACAGGACAUGAAUGCUCACCAAGAAAGAGGGCUUUCCUUGAGUCAACAGCUGUGUCUUACCCCUCCUCUCGGGACAACAGAAAGCAGAUCCACACAAAACCACCUCAGAUCAGAGACUCGGGUGGUUUUAAGGUGACCAGCAGGACUCCAGUAAAGAUACAGCCAGUAGAACCUGACCAUGCAAGCAGUGAAUUAGAGGAGGGGUGUGCUCCUCUUGACAAACCGAUGUCUCCAGCCAAUAUGUUGUCCCCCACGAGGAAGAGGUUGAAGAGAAAAUGGGAACCUCAGGAGUUUAAUAAAAUCAGCAGCAGUACAAAGGAUGUCAGCAAUGAAUCCAUAAGUCAGCCACAUCAAAGGAGAACCUCCAGUGCUGCCAGUGAGGAUAAAGGCACUUGCAUAGAGAACUUGGCUAAUAUAAGAGGAUUCUCUGCUGACCCGCUGACCAUCGCAAUGAAACGUUGUCAUGUUGCUUUGGAAGACAUUCCUCCGAUGUCUCCAGCCAAGAUGUUUGCUUACAUGAAGGCGAGGGAAAUCAAAACAGAGCAGCACGAAGCUCCUAAAGUCAGCAGCAGCAGCUCGAGGGAUCCUUUUGGGGGUAUUUUUCAUCAGUCCAGAGACACGCCUCCCUUGAAAGCUCACAACAUGGGUGAGAUGGGGGAAAUUGCUUUUAGUAGUGGUCCAGAAAAUGUGAUUCCUGUCAAACGGUCCAGCGUACAGCCUGCUAACUGCCAAGCAGACACAGAUCCUCCUGAGGAUGUCCUGAGCCCUGCUGUGUCGCCACAACCUAUUUUGCUGGAAGACCCGCUUGUGCUCAAUACGCCACGGAUCUCUAUACCAAAGAAACAAGAGGCUGUGUUCAAGCGAAAGAAAUGGCCCCAACGCACAAAAUUCCCAAGUGAAAGUGUAAUUUAUCUCAAAAAGUGGUUCCUGAGGAAGAAUAACCACGGCCUAUUUGUUGAUGGAACCCACCAGGCCGACAACAUACAAUGGCACAGUAACCUCAUUGUGGAAAGGGUUUCCAGUUCUGUGGUGAAGACUGUCUCGGGCGGGGUUUACGUCUUGGUUGGCAAGAUGAACAUGAGGGUUGACUCCGAUUUUCCCAAGUGGCUUUUGAAGAAAUUUGCUAAUGGUUUUCCUCCUGACUGGAAGGCACUUUAUGAGAGGUUUUUGUCAGAGCCAAGAGACGACCCAGCGAGGAACAGCGAGGGGAGCAGUAGCAUAUCGAAGACAAAAUCUGAGAAACCCUCCAUCCAUUCCGUGAAGCAGCACAGGCAAAAGUCUUUGAAGACAUGUAAUUCCUGCCCACCUGCCUUGCCUCGUUCAAAAGUAUCCCGAAGUGGUCGCAUGAUCAAGCCACCUCUGGAGUAUUGGAAAGGAGGGAGAGUUAUUCUGGAUGCACACAUGAAUGUUACCAUCCAUGAAUGUUACGAUACCUCCAUCUGCAUCCCGGUCACUACAACGGUGUCUAUGAGGGCAUCACAGAAACCUGUCAGUGUGUUCCUGCCCUGCAGUGAAGGCCUUCAACAAUGUGAGUCACCCAGGGACGUAGAGGCAUCAGUACCACUGAGGAGGGUCAAGGCUCCAGUCCGCAAAUGCAGCAGAGCCAACGUUGAGCCUGAAGAGAAGCCAUCCUAUUCACCUGAAGCUCCUGUAGAGACACUUAGCAGCCCCGAAGAGUGGUCUGGCAGACCAACAAGGUCCAGCCGAAGGCGUCUAGCUACAGAGCGAAUGUUGUAUUUGGACACUGUCCCUCAAAAGCAAAGUAAACCCUUAAAGUCUUCAACAAGGAGGUCAAAACAACAGACGCAUGACAGCCCUGAAGAGUGGUCUGGCAGACCAACCAGGUCCAGCCGAAGGUGUCCAGCUACAGAGCGAACCUUGUAUGUGGACAAUGUCCCUCAAAAGCAAAGUGAAACUGAAAAGUCUUCAACAAGGAGGUCAAAACAACAGACAUUAAACACCACAGGGACUUCACUGAGAGUCUUGGGCAGCAAACGGGCUGUCCAAGCAUCCACAGAUUCUGUUAAUGAUACAGAAUCGGCAUCAUCGGAUGAGCAGGUCAUUGGGAGAAAGAAGACCGGAAAAGAAGAACAGAGGAGGAGAGGCAUGAGAGUUCUUAACAAGUCACGACCAAGCCACGUGUUUCCAUCAAGUGAUUCAACAAGCGCCACUGAGGAGAGUGAAAAUGAAAUGAGGAGGAGAACCAGAGUAACACACAAAAAAGAUAAACAAAGCAAAUGCACCAAUUCAACAUCACCUAUAAAACCUUUGCCAAAAUUGACACAAUCCAGCAAGAAACCCAAGGCAAACCAAGGCAAUGCACCGAUUCCACAAGAGCAAGAUGCAGACGAGUGGACAGAGGCAGAGCUUAUGAAGCUACAAGAGGCUGUGUCCUAUUAUCCUAAGGACUUGGCAGGUUACUGGGAAAAGGUGGCGAGGGUGGUUGGGACGCGUUCUGCAGAACAGUGCCACUCCCAGUACACAUCGCUGGGAACCUCCCAGACUCCGGCUAAGAGAGCCAAGAAACCCAAAAAGGAAAAGGUGGCGGCACCAAAAGAUCCAGUUACAGAUCAUCCGGUGAUAUCUGCACGAGUGGGAACCUUAAAGAGAAAGCAACAGGUGCGUCAGUUUCUGGAUGCCAUGCCCAGAGAAGAUGUUGAGGAUGUUUUCAACUCUGCGGCCAUGCAGAAUAAGCGCUUUGAGAUGCCCUCCAUAUGUCAGAGUGACCAAGACUUCACAUUAUCAGACAUGGAGCCACUGACCCCCAUGUCAAAAGUUUUCCCUGACGUGAAGACUCCUCAGUGUCUGCAUAUCACUCCUGGCAUGAUGGGUUCUCCAAACAGGAACAAUGAUGACAAGUAUAUCUAUCAACUCCAGAAAAGGAUGAAAAAAAAUCAGUUUAAUGUCUGCAAACAGGCUCCUUCUUCAAAGAGCUUCACACCCACGCCAUCAACUAAACGAACAAUGAGAAGAUGUGGUAACACAGAAAAUGACACCUUUGUCGUUUGGGAGAUGUUCCCAGGAAACGAUGGAGCGCUUUCUGAAAGUGAGGAAGAGGAUUUUUACUUCUCAGACAACGACUGACUGGAGCUCAUGUCUUUUUUAAAAACCAAAAUCAAAAUGUAUUCACAUUAAUUCAAAUCAAUGACAUAUAGAAGAGAUGGGACUUUUUUCUUGUUGAACUCAUCAAAUGUGAACAAUAAAACCUCUUUCACAUGUAA